ACUUCCGCAGUGUAGUGUUGUUUAAACACAGUCUGAGAAGAAUUUGUAUUUUCGGAAGAUGACGGAGCACAAACCAGAGAAUAUUAGCAGCAUACCUAUCGACGGAUUUAGCCAUUUAAGAAUAACGUCGAUAUGGACGUUCCUCAUGUCUGUGCAGUGGUCAGAGCCCUGGCUCGUCGGUCUGCUGGUGUUUCAUGCUGUGUGCUUGUUCAUGACUGUGCUCACCUGCAGGUUUUACAGAGCGCAGAUCUGCCACUUCCUUCUCGUAGUUGGCCUGGUUUAUAGUGCUGAAUACCUAAAUGAGCUGGCUGCAAGAAACUGGAGGUUUUUUUCUGAUUUCCAGUACUUUGAUUCCAAGGGCAUGUUCAUAUCUUUGGUCUACUCCAUCCCCCUUCUUCUCAAUGCCGUCAUCAUCGUGAUGGUGUGGGUGUAUAGGACCUUUUCCACUAUGACUGAACUGAAGACCCUUCAGCUAAAGAGAAAGGCUCGCAGAGAGAAGAGAGAGAAGAAUGACUGAUCCCUCCCUGUAUAUCCGUAAAUGGGCUUCAUGUGGAGGAAUUUAGAAGCUCUGAUUUGCUAAUCCUGAAUUUUGGAAAAGGAACACCAGUUCCAUCUUGUGACUUAAAAAGGACUUUUCAUUGAUGUCGGUAAUGUCAGGAAUGAAGGGGGGUUUUUUUUGGCUAUGACUGUUUCUGACAUUUCUGAGGACCAAAGGACACUUACUGUUUUGGAUUUAACGUUUUAAAGCAUGUUAAAAAUGCCCAAACAAAAUAGUGUUUUAAUUGCUUUUAUGUGUCUGUAUGAUUUAAGUCUUAAUAAAUUCAGUCAUGAAGCAGCUUUGUAUCCCCAGAUUGGUUAAACUUGUCCGACAUCUCAAACGGCUGUGGGAACUUGGAGAGUCUCUGAGGUCCUGUGACCUGUCAGUGGAGCCUCAGAGGUGGGAUACUCUGAUUCACAGCCACAUUUCCAUGGAUGAAGAUUCAUUAUUCCGAUCUUGGAGCAGUAAAAGCUCUCACUGUCACAGAAGAGGCUCAUAUUGAUGUUCAACAUUUAAAGACUUUUAAGUGAAUGUACACUUUUUUUCCCCUCCUUGUGAAACCCUGGUGCCUACAUGACCUGCAAUGCAACACAACCAACAAAUGUAGUUGGAUCAUGGGUCAAAAAUUGUGUUCUGUUAAUGGGUAUCCUUCUAUGCU